GCGGAAGUGAAUGCAGCAUGGUGUGUGAGGGGAGAUUCUGCUGCAUACAACAAAGAUGUCAGAAGCUGCCCGCGGUGGCAAAGCCAUGAAACAGGGGAGGAAGGCUCCAGACACCUACAAGAGUCUUCAAGAGGCGGCUCUGUAUCUCCUGAGCUGUAACCAGGACCCGAGUGAUUUCCUCUCUGAGGUUGCUGCUCCUCCUUACAAGAAGCCUUGUUCCAAUGAAAGCUCCCAUCCCAGCAAAACGCAGAAGACCUCUAUGCAUGAGACAACAUUUGUUGCCUCCGUCUUGCGGGAUCAGGCUGUACAGUUGGGGUUACCAGUUGGGAUCCUGACAACCAGAGCAGCCGUCUCCAACGUCCAGCGGAUCUGCCAGGAGUCCGUAGAGAGAGCUGGAGCAGUACUCAGCGAGAAUCAGAGGGAAAAGUUGACUUGCUUGUUGAAGACAUUAAAGGGGUUACUGGCGGAGAACUGCUUUUGUCGACCUCUGUUUUCUAGGGAUAUCUGGGAAUUACAGCAGCACCCCCCUGUGCUGGAAGCUGUCUGGCACUUACACAAGGAGGAUAUUGUGCAACUGGAUGACCUUCUAAACAGCUGCAAAGACCCCAGCUCUGCUGUUGACUGGUUCUGUGGGCAAAUGCGCUCGCUGUGCUCACACAUGGAGAAUUCUCCCGAUGACUCCGAUCGCCUUGAACAGAUAAUAUCUGACUUUCUAGUUGUGCUGGUUGAAAAUGCUUACAGUCCAUCGACAGACGCUGGGAAGAACUCUGAACCGCUGAGAAUUACAGAGAUCUCUCUAGCCAUUCUGGAUAAAAUGCUCUCCUGGGUACUGGAUGCUGUCUCUGAUGGGAAAAGCGACCAGUCCUACAAGCCAAGAGUAGAGCGACACUGGUUGGUUACAUAUGAAGUUUCCAGAUACAGAAGCCGUCUGAUUCCGGAGUCUCUGGAGAACUUCUUCAUCCACACACUGAGCCGGGUUCUCACCUUCAAACCACAGCUGAAAGUCUCCGACGCCAUCCGAUUUCAAGGAGACUGGAGUUUUGUGAAAACCUGCCCCCUGUUAACAGAUUUAUACCGCAGGCUGUUUGUUCUGCUUCAUGCCGAGAAGCUGACAUCUCACAUACAACUUGUCCUGGAGACACAGGAGGUUAACUGGCAUCACGUCUUAAGCUGCAUAUCGUGUCUGGUCAUCUGUCGGGAGGAAGCUCAGCAACUAGUUAAAAAUCUCCUGGACCACCUACUGACACAAGCCUUUACGGGUUAUGAGCUAGAAUGUCUGAUCACCGCUUUCCUGAUCGCCCGACAAGCUGCCCUGGAAGGCCCUGCUGCUUUUGUAUCUUACACGGAGUGGUUCAAGUGCACCUUUGGCGCUGCCACUUCGUACCACAGCACAAGCAAAAAGUCGCUGGUUUUCUUGUUGAAGCUGCUCUCGGAUUUGGUACCGUAUGAAGCCCCUCAGUACCUUAAGGUACACGUUCUGCACCCGCCGUUCAUGCUGGCCAAGUAUCGUCCUCUACUCAUGGAGUACAUCACCUUAGCCAAGACCCGUCUUGCAGACAUGAAAGUUUCCAUUGAAGAUAUGGGUUUGUAUGAAGACUUAUCCUCAGGACCAGAUAAGGCUCAGCCGCAGAUCCAAGCUCUGCAGGAUGUGGAAAAAGCCGUACAGAUUUUUGAAAACACAGGCAAAAUUCCAGCCAGCGUAAUGGAAGCUAGUAUAUUCCGGAAGCCGUAUUUCACCUCUCGCUUCUUACCUGCGCUGCUUGCACCUAGAGUGCUCCCUGCUGCCCCAGACUCCCAAAUGAUGCUAAUUGAUGCCUUGAAAAGAGCCGAUAAGAUCCCCGCAACCCUGUUCACUUCGUACACAGAGGCUUGCGAGCAGGAGAAGCAGCGGAAACUGGAAGGGAGGAACACGAUGGUCGUGACGGUGCAAGAGGAACCCUUGGGAAGACUGAAAACUGCCCUGUGGGAUCUACGUCCCCUCGUCACAGAGCCAAACCGAUACAGCGAUGUCGCCGCCCAGCUGGCAUUUAUUUCAGACAGGCUGUCUGCGGUCAUAGGAUCGGGGUAUACAGAAGAUACUGGCGUAAUUGCUGAGACCUUAAUACCCUCAGCUUUAGAUGUGCUGGAGGUCCAGGAUCAGACAGUUGCAGACCUCAUCUUAACAUGCUUUUGUCAAUGUGUCAUGGCUGCUUCCCGUACCAAUCCACCUCAUAGGCAGGGUCCGUGGCCGUCUCUGUAUGUAAGGAUGCUGUGUGGUCAUCGCAGGGCCCUCUCCGUGGUGCUGAGAAGGAUUUUGCAGCUUCUGUGUUGUCAGUCUCCUCGCCUCAGAGACCCUCACGUGGUUGGACUGGCUGCUUUCUCUAUUCACUUACACGAGUGCCAGACCUCACUCCCGGCUCCUAACACUGGAGCCAACUGCCUGGACCGAUUCUGGGACGUUAUACUGAACCCUCGGUGCUCAAACGCCAUGCUCGUGUGUCUAAGGUUCUGCGUGGCAGCCGCCAGCUAUGCUUUCUGCAGGUUCUCUGUGCUCAGAGCCGAUACAUCCACAGACUGCAUUCCUCCUCGGUUUCUGCACAAGCUGCAACACCUUGUGCCUCGGCUGGUGUCAGAAACCCGAGGAGAAGCAAGCACAGAGUCAGAGACGGACACGUCUCUUAUUUGGAGUUCUCUGUCCCACCCUUUGGCCUCUUGGAAAGAAGCUGUACUCACCCUGUGGAGCCAGAGCUGCUUGCAAGAGGUGCUUCGACAGCCGUUAUUCAAGCUCUCUUUUCAGGACUGGCUGCUGUGGGAGAUGGCGUCGGACCCUGGUAGCGAUGCUCUUCGCGAUGCAGAACGACAGGAUUACCAACGCUGGGCCGUGAAUCAGUCUUAUCUCCCGGAAGUAUCCGAUGCAGGCGGCUGCGGUGGAAGUUUAGAGACAGCCUGCACGAUCAUAGUGGACGCGGCUUUGGAGUUUAACAGAGGGUCCAGCCUUGGCUGUAGCAGUCAGGAGAACGUUUCUCACAGUCGCACCGGUUUAGCGGAUAUCUUGUGCCGUUUACAGGAGUUGGUCUGUGAUAUGAUGACAGUGGGAGACGCACGUUCUGCUCGGGUCAGCCACAGUUCCUUCCUUUUCAAAACAUUCCAUCGGAGAUUAGCAGCAAAAUCAGGCAACCCUGAAGUGGGCGCUCGGCUUGCAAGGCAAAUGGAGCUUGACAUGUGCUGUAGGAUUCUACUGGGGCUCCCCUCUCUUCUACUAAUCAGCACAAACUCAGUCAGGGGAAUCACGCGUCUCAGCGCUAAGGACUUCUUCACGUUCGUCAAUGAAGAAUGGAAGAACCUUGGCCCGCGUGGAUGCGCCUUACCGUACAACAUCACAGCUCACUUCUUCAAGGGUUUGCUGACCUCCUGCACACAAUGUGACGAUCCUUCCGAAGCCAUAAACUCCCUCGUCACUGAAUCUUCUUCCGCGUGCCCCGUCCUUCUCACCUCUGCUGCGCUUUGGUGGCCUCGGCUCUAUCCAGUCCUCAGAUGCCACUGGGACCGGCUAUUCACAGGCAGAUUACCCAAGGAGAUAGAAAUCCUGCAGGAACUGCAGACAACUGUAGAUAGAUGCGUCUGCGACCGAUUGCCUCUCCCUCUCUCCUGUGCUCCCUGGCUGUCGGCUGCUUUUGUGCAUUUCACCAUGCAGAGGAAAAAGCUGGCACACGACAUUGUCCCCGUAUGUCUGGCCGCUUCAGACAGUAAAGCAGCUCAGCUGCUCGUGUCCGUUCUCUUUUUCUCUAUAAUGGAUCUGAUUCCAGCAUUAUUAAAGGACGGAUCAGAGCAGAAGAUUUCCCAGAAAACCUGUUUGCAAAUCAUCCAAUGCCUGGAGGAGAGAGGGGAGUCCUGGCUGUCUGUCUUCCGGAUGGCAGAGGGAUGCAAACAGACAGACUUGUCCCUCCUUCACAGGACCUCAUCGGAUGAAUUCAUCAGGCUCCUUCCUUUUGCUUUUUACAGCUUGCUCCCCUCUCUCCAGGUAGGAAAUGUGAUCAAGCAGCAGGGAUUCCUGGAAGUUGCGGUUCAGAUGUACAUACAGCUGCUACAGCUUUUCCUGGACGCCAAUCCAUUUGCAGCCUCAUCUCUUGACUCGGUCCAGCUCCAUUACCAUGAUCUCAUCUCCCAGGGUCGGUCAUUCCUACUAAGUUCCAUCACCAAAUGCCCCAAGCCAAGCAACACCUUAAAAAACCAGAUAAUGCCGUUGUGUGCAGAGUAUGACCCUGAGCUACACGCAAUGCUCGCUUCUCUCCAUGCACCUCCUGACUACGGUGAAUUGGAUAAGGAACCUGAUCUGUUCUAAACAACCGACCAAAUGUGGCUUAGACUUUCUUCCUGUGGGAGAGCGAGAAUCCACGAGGAAGUGGAUUUUCAAGAAAGAAACAGAUGUCUUUCACUGUGUAAUUUAUUUAUUCUGUAUAAUAAACUAUUGGACAUUC